AUGUCUAGGUACGACUACCGAGAGAACACUGACAAAAGUGUGGCCAGCGACACGUUUCUAUCUCGAGUUUUUGGACUUCACUCCAUCUACAGCCAGCUUCAGGAUAACUACCAAUUCUACGAUCCCGAAGCAGAGAAUCAUUCUGAUGUGGCUGUGGAAGAGCUGCUAAUGCACUCGGAAAAUUCUGCGGACUCUGGAGACCGUGAAGUUCCCCGUGCGGACAAAAACCUUUUGGACCUGGAUCUGGACCUGGAUCUCUCGUCUGACUCUGAAACGCUGCCAAUGCCAGCAGUGGGAGGAAUAGAGAGCUCAUCUGCAUUUGCCAGACACUAUGAGCCCAUUGAUAACAGGAACACAAGCACGAAUCGCCAUGGAAACGAUGAAUCCUUGCAUCUCAACGUUGACCAGGAAGAGUCACUAAUCAUCGACGAAGACACGGCCAGUCUUUACACAAAACCUCCCAAGCGUUCAUUAAAGUUCGAAUUGCCCAAACCUCCUCGACUUUUUUCGAAAAAACUGAAGAAUCAAGAUGUGGAAGCCGGUCUUCCAUUGUUUCUGGUCAAUGAGAACAUCCAGCAUCGCAAACCGCAACAGACUCAGCCGUCAGUAUCCGUCCAAACCCAGUAUCAGAGACUGAAGUUUCGGAAUCGCUUGGUCAUUCCAGCAAAGGAGCGUGCACUUUACCUUUGGGCCAACAUUGUCAAUAUGGAUGAAUUUCUCAUAGAUUUAUACUACUACUAUCGUGGAAAAGGGUUUGCAAACAUUGUCAUGGGCCGGGCCGUUGACAUUCUGAUCUUGGUGUUCAUUUUGACCUUCACUACAUUCCUCAAGUGGGGAAUCGACUAUGAUUACUUCUUCAACGAAUGGACUUCCAAUUCAGACGUCAAUUUGACCUUGAAAGAUUUGAUUAUUCCAAAUUAUUUCUCCACAAGAGUGCCCCUUUCCAUUAAGUUUUUUCUUUUGGGUUUUGCAUGCUACAUUGUUCUACGCCUAGUCCAGCUUUACUUCGACUACAAGUACAAAUUGGCCGAACUUCAGAGCUUUUACAGACACCUUCUUGACAUCUCCGAUGACUUGGAGCUUAUGACGAUUUCUUGGUCCACCAUCGUGGAAAGACUCAUGAAACUCAAGAACUACAAUAGCCUCACCAGCUCAAACCCGAAUCUCCCUCCUCAUUAUGUCAAUGAUUUAAAUUCCAAGGUUCGCUUGAAUGCUCACGAUAUUGCUAAUAGAAUCAUGCGAAAGGAAAACUACAUGAUCGCUUUGAUCAAUAAGGAGGUCCUCGAUCUUCUGAUACCCUCUCCAGCAAUUUUCAACAGCGUUAUUUCUCGCCACUCAGUGCUCACCAGAACAUUGGAAUGGAAUUUGAAAUUGUGUAUUGAUAACUUCGUUUUCAAUGAAAAUGGCCACAUCAAUCAGAAUAUCUUGAAGGAGUCUUCUAGAAAUCAGCUUUCUCAGGAAUUAAGCUCGAGAUUCAAAAUGGCAGCCAUAAUCAACUUAAUUCUUUGUCCAUUCAUUGUGUUCUACUUUGUUUUGCUCAAUUUCUUCCGCUACUUCAACGAGUACAAGAAUAAUCCUUCUUCACUUAUUGGGCUCCGGCAAUACACCCCUUGGGCAGAAUGGAAAUUAAGAGAAUUUAACGAGCUUCCCCAUUUUUUCAUCAAACGAUUACACCUCUCAAUCGGUCCUGCUAACACCUACAUCAAUCAGUUCCCAGGAGGGUUUCUCAUCAACAACUUGAUGUCCUUGGCCAACUUUGUGUCUGGGGCUUUCCUUGCUGUCCUUGUGUUGAUGGCUCUUUUGUUUGAGGACGAAGAGCAUAAUUUUUGGUCCUUUGAGAUAACUGAGAGUAGAAGCACACUAUUUUACAUCAGUAUUUUUGGUACGUUGUGGGCGUUGACAUCUGGAUCGCUGAACACUUCCACUGUGACCAAUUCUGCUGAGAAUUUAAAUACUCAAGGUGUUUCUUUCUUUUAUGACCCAGAAGCUAGCUUGAGAUACGUUUCUCAGUUUACACACUAUUUGCCCAGCUCAUGGAAUGGCCGCCUCCAUACUCUCGAGGUCAAGAAGGAGUUCUGUGAACUAUACAGUUUGAAAAUCAUCAUCAUCUUCAAUGAGAUUCUAAGCGUGAUUCUUACCCCCUUCAUUCUCUGGUUCAAGAUUUCUAACAGGUCUAGUGCUAUUAUUGACUUUUUCCGGGAAUAUUCUAUCCAUGUUGAUGGAUUGGGCCACGUGUGUUACUUUGCAAUGUUCAACUUUGAAGAAAAGGAUAAGAACAUGAUGUUUGACAUGAAUAAGAAAAAACUGAAGAAGAAGACUAAACUGAAGAGGGAGGAGAAACCUAAGUUGAAGCAUUCAGACACAGAGGAGUCAUCAGAUGAACAAAGUGAUCCAGGUCUAGGUGAAUUCUACCAGGAUGACAAAAUGAUAAAGUCAUACAUGUACUUUCUUGAGAGUUAUGGAACUCAAGUUAAAGGCGACCUUAAGAAUAAGCCGAAGGGGACCAAACAAUAUGGAACAGAGUCUUUCACAAAUGGGGGAGUCCAGAGAAGCGAACCGUCGUUCCCGAUGGAUAGUGUCUACGAGUCCGCAUACGACUUGCGAAAUGUCCUGGUUGAGGACUCUACCCCCAAGUCUAAGGGUAAGAAGGGUGUUCUAGGGAUGAUUAACCAGUUUUCCAAGCAAGGCACAACAAGAUAA